AAAAUUUAACAUUUUUAUAUAUAAAAAGGAUUUUUUUUUUUUGAUUAUUUGUUGUAAUCAUGGGUCAAAAUUGUGAAAUAAAUGAAACUUCAAUCAUUCAAAAUAAUUCUUCUUCCCCGUCUUCUCCUUCAUCACCAUCCGCCAUAAAAAAAUCCUUUUCGUCCCGUUUAACGUAUUUAAUCCGACGUGACUCGACAAAAAAUUCUUCUUCAAAUAAUAAAUCAUCUAGUCCUUCACAAAAACCUAUAAAGAUUCAAAAAACAGAAAUGAUAUUAUUAAAUCAGAAUGAUCCAAAUUAUAUUUCAGUAAAAUCAUCAUUUAAAGGUCGACCACUUUCACAAUCAAAAAUUCUUGGGAUAUUUGAAUUACGUAUGCCAACAAAACUUGAAAAACGGCAUGAAGCUUAUAAAAAAAAUUUAAGUAAAAGGACCGGAAAAAGUAUCGAAGAGAUUACUCACAGGAUGUUUCAUGGUACUACUUCAUAUUGUACACCUGAAAGAUUUGUUGAAGAAUUAAGUUAUAGUCAAGAAAAUGAGGAGGAAGAGAUAAAAGAAAGGUUUCAUGUUGAAAGAAAAUUUUGUGAAAAAGAUUGUGGCUUAUGUGGAAUUGUACAACAAGGAAACAAAACUAAAUACACAAAAACUAAAAGUUUAUUUAAGAAAAAUAGAAUGUGGUUUGCAAACGAUCCGUGUACGUCACUUUAUUAUUGUAAUGGCGUGGUAGUAAAAUCAGUAAAGACUAUGUUUGUGGUUGAUGUUAUAAAAAAGGCCCCGAAAGGAAUUUUAAUUGUAAAUAAAGAAAAGGCAACUUUACCUAGAUUCUUAAUAUUAUUUGAGAUGUCAGGUAAUUUCAAUCGUUUUUAGAAAUGCUAUUAUAUGUUAUUAAAAAAAAAAGGAAAAAGGAACGGAACGUACGUUUUAAUAAUAUUUUGUUUUUUUUUUCCUUUUUCAAUAUCAGAAUGUUAUACAUGAUCUCG